GAAAGAAACAAGCUUUAACCACCACCCCCCUUUCCAGACAGCGGUGGGAGGGGGGUGGGGGUGGGGAGGAAGAAUCGUCUCCAAGCUAUCCCCAUCCCCAGCUCCAGGGAAGGGAUGUAGGUGAAGGAGAGCUCAAACUCGCCAGCUAGAGAACAAUACUGUCCUUGGGAGUGAGCUGCUGUCCGCAGCUUUUAACUACAGUCAGUGUCGUAAAACCGACCUGUCAGAGCAGCAAGAGGAUAAUACUGGCCUGGGAGAGAAUUACUGCCUUAAUCCGUGUAGUAAUUCUCUACAGCAGCUGCAAAGAAGCUUUAACUACAGUCACGAUAAUGGUACGGACCUAGGACAGCAGCAAAAUCAGGUAACGCUACCGUGAGAAUUAUUGCUAUAGCACGGGGACCAUUACCCUUGGUUUCCAACUCCAAGCUUAAAUCAGCGAUAAUACUAACCUAGGAGAGAAUUACUGCAAUAAUUGGAAUCAUAAUUCUGUGGAACAGGGUGAUUCCAGCUCUAGUGAAGCCUUAACAUUCACAGUUAAGAGCAAUAAUACCGAUUUCGGAGAGGGCAGUUGCUAUAUUUGGGUUAGUAAUACAGUGGGACAAGCUGAUUGCUAGUUUCAAAAAGGCUUUAACCAUUAUUAGCCCUAUAAUAUUGAUCUAAUAGUAUUGUACUGAACUGGGAGUGAUUUACUAGUAUAUUCAGGAUUGCAAUACCCUGGAAGUGAUGGAGGUUGGUAAUACCCCUCUCAGGGGAGACCAAAGCCAUCAUAUAGAGAAUACUGACCCAAGAGGAGGCUGCUGUCACAGUCAGAGUGGUAAUACCCCACAACUGGCUGAUUCUCUGCUUCAGGGAAGUUUUAACCACACUAAGUGUAAUAAUACUGACCCAGGAGAGCAGCAAGUGAAUAAUACACACCUUAGAGAUAAUUAUUGCCAUAAUAAGACUAAUAAUUCCCUGCAACAGGCUGAUUCCCAGCUUCAGGGUGGUUUUAACCAUAGCCAAAAUAAUAAUACUGACCCAGAAGAGCAACAGGAGAAUAAUACUGAUCUCAGAGAGGGCUACUGUCAUAGUCAGUGUGAUAAUACCCUGGGAGAUGAUCAUCAGAGAAGUAGAAAGCUUAGUACCCCUGAAUGGGGAGACCAGACCCACCAGCUGGAGAGUAAGACUGAACUGAGAGUGGGCAGCUGCUGCAGUCAGGUUGAUAGAUUGGAAAUCCACCAAGGAAUUAAUCCUAAUCAAAGUUUGGGCUUCUAUGAUGGUCAAGCUGCUAAUAUUGUAAGCGACAUGGCUGUUGAUAUUACUUCUGUCAGGGGGUACCACUGUCAGCAGGAGAAUAGUGAUAAUCUGCUGCUGCUAACCUCUCCCAAUCAGGGUAAUGAUGUCCAAGAACAGGGUACUUACAGUGGAAGUGGAGACCAUCCACGUCAGGGGGGAAUAGAGGUAAAUGGUAACCAGACCGAGAUAAUGGUUAACAGCGGGUCGGGAGCAUCCUCAACUGAGGAAGAGGUAGUCCGUCCUUAUGAUGGGAAAGGUGCGAGAGGAGCAACUGGUGACUGCCUUUUAGACAAUAAGGAGAUGAAGGGAGAUCCUAAGGAAGAGAGGGGACAGGAGAGAACACUCAUUUUAGAGGCUGAGAAGGGAAACUGUUCAGAGAGUGAGAGAAACAAGCUGGGGUCAGACGAUGGGAAGUAUGAGGCAGGAAACAGUGAAUUCACACAGAAAUUUGGAGGAGAAUUGAAGGGAAGAAUGCACCAGGAACGAGGGACCAUCAAUACCAAAGGCAAAGAUCUGCUCACAGAGAAAUCUGCAAGAAGGGAUAAAGAGGAGGGGAUGGACCAAGAACUCUGCGUGUGUGAAGCUAAUUGUGUGGUGAAAGAAAGCAUGGUAGAGGAAAACUGCCUUGAGAUAGGAACAGUGGAAGAAAAGGACAGGAGACAGAACAUGUCUACUGUACAAACGACAGAUAAAUUCACACAGUGUGUGUCAACAGAGACAAGACUGCAGGAAGUGAAAAUUGAAGCACUGCAAAAAUGGGAGCCAAACCCCAGCAGCAGUGAGAUCAGCAAAGAAAUGGACAGUGAGAGGAACUGCCGAAAUCUGGAACUGACUGCGAUGCAGCAGGCGGAUACAAACAUGACACAACAGAUCAGCAAGGAGCGAGGUAUAAACCAGGAGAAGGCAAACUGCACAUUGAUUUUGGAAGCAGAAAAUUCUGCAGACCAGCAGUUGGAGGAGGCGUGUAGGUCAAUUGAUUCAGAUGGUGAGGGGCCAUUACCUCUGGCAGCAGGCUCUGCCAGGUUACAGAUAAACACUUCAGCAAGCAACGCUUGCCCUGAACAAUCUGUUUCGUCCCGAAUGCGUUUGGAUUUGCUCUCCCCAGUGGGCGACAUCUCCCAUCCUCUUGCAUUGACCUCCUCCUCCCAGGACCAGGCUGAUGACACCACUUUGCUGUCGCCCUCAGUGGACAGUCGAGCAAAGCAAAGCGUGAAGCGGGUAACCUUUCCCUCAGAUGAGGCCAUCGUUUCUGGAGCUGUGGAGCCAAAAGACCCAUGGAGACAUGCCCAGAAUGUGACAGUGGAGGAGAUCAUUGCUGCCUACAAGAUGGCCUGCCAGAAGCUGAACUGCAAACCAAUUAACAAGCUGCUCAAACAGAUCCAAGAGUUUAAAGAACUUUCACAGAGGCUGGACUGCCUGGAUCUGAAAGGUGAGAAACUGGACUACAAAGCUUCUGAAGCCUUGGAAGAGGUUUUCAAACGUGUCCAGUUUAAGCUGGUGGAUUUGGAGGCAACCAACCUGGAUGAAGAUGGUGCAUCAGCAUUGUUUGAUAUGAUAGAAUACUAUGAAUCAGCCACACAGCUAAACAUCUCAUUUAACAAACACAUUGGGACGCGAGGGUGGCAGGCUGCAGCUCACAUGAUGAGGAAGACCAGUUGCCUGCAGUACCUGGAUGCAAGGAACACCCCUCUCCUCGACCAUUCGGCACCCUUUGUUGCUCGUGCUUUAAGAAUCAGCAGCAGCCUGGUGGUAUUGCAUCUGGAAAACACCAGUUUAUCUGGCCGACCACUCAUGCUCUUGGCAACUGCGUUGAAGAUGAACAUGACAUUGCGAGAGCUGUUUUUGGCCGAUAACAAGUUGAAUGGACUGCAGGACUCAGCACAACUGGGAAACCUCCUAAAAUUCAACUGCACCAUCCAGCUAAUGGACUUGCGCAACAACCAUAUUCUGGACUCAGGCUUGGCAUAUAUUUCUGAUGGUUUGAAGGAGCAAAGACAGGGUUUAGUGACCCUGGUUCUGUGGAACAAUCAGCUGACCCACAAUGGGAUGACCUACAUGGCAGCUGCACUGCCCUAUACAUUGAGUCUGGAAACCUUAAAUCUCGGCCACAAUGCUAUUGGCAAUGAAGGUGUACACAAACUCAAAGAUGGACUGAUUGCAAAUCGAUCGGUCCUGCGUUUGGGAUUGGCAUCUACAAAACUCACCUGUGAAGGCGCUGUGGCUGUGGCAGAAUUCAUUGCUGACAGUCCCCGUCUGCUCCGCUUGGAUCUGCGUGAAAAUGAGAUCAAGACUGGUGGACUUAUGGCGCUCUCACUAGCCCUUAAAGUGAACCAUUCCCUGCUAAGGCUUGACCUGGACAGGGAGCCCAAGAAAGAAACAGUAAAGAGCUUCAUUGAAACUCAGAAGGCUCUUCUCACAGAGAUUCAAAAUGGCUGCAAGAGGAACUUCAUCCUGGCAAAGGAGAAGGAGGAGAAAGAACAUAAGAUGCAGCAAUCUGCGUCGAUGCCAGAGAUCACUGUGACAUUGUGUGAAAAUAAGGAAGAGCCCCAAAAAAGCCAGGCCUGUCUGAAGACCCAGAAAAUGCCAGAGGGUUCAGAAAAUGGAGCUACCCAAGAGACAGUACCAUCCAUACCCAAGAAUGCUGAAGAGCUGGUUGGCACCAGUGAAUCGAUUGUAAUGUCCUGUCCUGUGGAGCAAAAUCUGCAGUCUGCAGCACAGUUGGAAUUGAACCAGAACCAGGCACAAGUGAGUGUGGUUGGAACGUCAAGCUCUGAGAAACAGCAGCUUCAACGGCAGGAUCUUGUGGAAACACAUUGCGGAAAGGACUCGGUCAUAGCAGGUGAUGUGAGUCACAGAAGCAGCCCAACCGCCUUUGGUGAACAGCCAAUGCUGAUUCCCACUGAAUUAAAAUCUCCAGGGCCUGAAAGUCCAGUGAUCGUCAGCUCACCAAUCGAGAUCACACCAAGAAACAAUGAGCGCCUGGUGUCCAGUCCAGGCAGGGGACACAAAGUCUUUUUUGUAACCAGAGUGGAGAGCCCACCAGAGAACCCCAGCAACCAGGACAUGCAAUGGCAUAAUGAAACGACGCAAAGCAGAAAGCAUACUAUCUCCACUAAAGAGACAGAAUCCCCAUCAGAGCCUUUGCCUUGUUCAGCAUCAGACCCUCUGACAACUUUGACUGUACCAGCUCCUGCCCCAGAUGGUAGCUCCCAGACUGAAAGUCUGUCAGACCUGGACAGAGGGGUAGCUAACCCUGAGCAUGACUUUGAGACGGUUUGUGCCAGAGACUGUGAUCACACGGUACAUGGGGCUGCCUUACCAAAUGGACUGAAAGCGGAGCUUGUACAAAGGCUCCCUGAGACAACAGUGCUGACCACAGGCAAGGAUGGUAAAGCAAUGAGCUGCAGCAUUGAGCAUGAGUUUACAUCUCCCAAAACUGAAAAGGAGCUGGAGGAGUUGUUGCUGGAAGCGAGUCAAGAGACAUGUCGUGAAACAUCAGGAGUGUGAGCAAUGUCUUUUGGGUCUUGCUGAAUGUACCGAGACUGUCCUUGAAGAUUCCCAAGCCCCCUCAGCACCAACAAAAAGAUGUAUUUUCUCUCUUGCCCUCUCCUCAUUGCUGUCAAUCUCUCUCUCUCUCUCUCUCUCUCUCUCUCUCUCUCUCUCUCUCUCUCCCCCUCUCUAGCAGGGGCCAUCGGACUAUCCACUGUCAAUUCACCUUGCUGUUCAUGCCAUUCCAUCUCGCCUCCAGAAAAGGGAUAUGCUUGGAGUACAAACCAAAGAAAGUGCCACCUGAGGAAGUGAGAUUGCUGUCCAACCCUGUCUGCUGGGGGAAGUUGUGUCUCGUUUGUGGAAACAGAGACCAUCUGAACACGAGAGAUGUGCCUGGGACCGUCGAGUCUGGAAGAGACUGUUAACAGCGUGACUUAGACAAUGGACAUUUGCUCUGACAGUGCAUGUAUCAUGCCAUCAGGGCAUUCAUGGUAAACUGCAAGUAGGAUUUUCCACCACUGUCUCUUCAUAUUUUUUGCUAGUAGUCUCAGCCCUAGCAAGGGGCAGAUCCACGAUUCCAGAAACCAACCCCUUGCCUGCUUAAUCCUGAUUGUUGGUCCACCCUGUGAUCCGUCUUCUCUCCUGAUAGUGAAAGGAUUUGCACUGAGGAAACGCCGGGGAGAAAAUCAGAGACACUCAAAAGAUAAUUUUCAGCUUGGUACUGUUUGUGUUCUAGUUUACCAGUGAGAUUUUGUUUUUAAUUUUGGAUUAGAUGCUAUUUAUUUUUAGUGUUGAUGUUUAUUGAUGUCUGGUUAAUGUUUUAAAAAUUGGCAGUGUGGAGUUUGCCUGAGGAGUUGCAGUUUGAAUGCUCCAAUUUUAAUGCAACUUUUGAGUUAGCAGGACGGUUAAGACUAUUCAAAACUACUUAUCCACAUGUAGGAUUACUGACUUCGGCAACUAGACGUUAACACUAAUUGAACUCGCUGAAUGUUAGUUAAUCUGGUCAGUGACAUGAGUCAAGUCCCCAAUCAUUUGGUAAAAGUAGAUUGAUCACCUAGGGGCUUUCUACAUUGCACUUGUGAAUCUUUGAGGAGGGUGGAGGGUUGUGGGAGGUUAAAAAUUAUGGAUACCUCUUCAAUAAUUAUUCCCAUUAAACUGCCAGACCGGCACAAUGAUGUUUGACAAUGUGCAAAAGCUUUUCCAGUGGCCAAAACACUUUUUUUUUCACAAUUUGAUCUGUGGUGCAGCAGAUAAAUCAUAAUCUCCGUCCUUUUCAGCAGAAAUAACCCACAGAGUUGGCAAAAAAACUGAAAUUUGCCACCAAUAAAUGGGUUACUUUGCUCUUCAUGGCUCUUUAUUCACUUUGCUGUGCACCAUUUUCCUACUUACACUUUCUUUAAUCAAAGGUGCAGAGGCUGUUACUUCUGAACUGGUGACUGCUCAGAACUCAGCAUUAUAAUAGCCUCCUUUCUUCCUACAAACCCACACCUGGCAAUCUACACUGCUAUUGGAGCUGUGUGGAGUGAACCCAUCCUUUUCCUUCUGUCUGAUUACAUGGGUAAUUAAUUCGGAAUCAAUUAAAUUGACACGAUGGGAAAUAAUGCAGAAAAUACUGGGGAAAGAAUCCUUGCUUACCAGACCAUGUUGCUAAAUAGAACAGGAAGUUUAUGAAUUUUCAUUUCAAACCCAUCACCAACCAGUAUAAAUGUUGACUGAUCAGCUGUUUCAUUUCCAAUAUGAUUUAUUUUCAAAUUUCCAAUCUGAUAUACUUCUGCACAAUCUCACUGCAAUUUCUUGUUUACUGACGAUAGCAGUCAGACAGUCGUAAUCUCCACUGGUCAAGACGCCUGUGCAGAUUUUUGAAUCUGCAUUCAGCAAUUUGUGUUAAAUUCCCACUUUUUUCAAAUUCUCUGUCUGCCCCUCUCACUCUCUCUUUGUCACUGUCUCUCACGCGCACACACAUGCCCGCACACACGCAAAAUGUCUGUUUCUCGAUCUGUCUCUAACUGUGUUUCGUUCUCUUCCUCCCCCUGACCCCCCCCCCCAACCUAUUUACACACCAACUAACUAAAAACCGUAAACAUGAGCAUUACCAGAAGAAAAAGCUGUUUUCCUCCUCUUGGAUGGGCCUGGGGGAGAAAAUAAGAAAGGACUACUUCCUUUACUGUUGUUUGAAGCUGCCCCUGGGAUAUGAAAUCAUACUUUGUAGAAUCACGCUUCACCCAUCUCCCUCCAGCACCAAAUUUUCACUGUGAAGCCUGGGAAAAUUGUCUCACUGAGACAGGGUAACUGAACUGAAGCAAUACAUGGUCUUGGUUGCUCCCCCUAUUGCACAGGAUGAGUGGGGGAUGCAAGAAGUCCAUUUGAGGUUUCUUGAUAACAAAGUGAGAUGAUCUUAUCCAGCAGUCCCUGUAUAGGGGGUACACCAUUGUAUUACCUCAGAAUUGAUUUUGCAAGGGAGAUUUUGCAUUUAGAACUAAUUGCAAUUCUAGUAGUUUUCAGAAAUUUUCUUUGCAGCAGUAGCUCUCAGAAAGAACAAAAGUUCAUCAGUUUAAAUGGUAGUCAUCAAUAUAUACCUUGUUGCCCUUUCAGCAAUGGAAAUAUUAUGGAAAGACAUGCAUCCUGAUUCUGUUAGACACUGUGAGGUCAGUGGGAUAGUUAUUCCCAAUUCUACCUCGGUGUUUUGGCUCACUGUGUUACAUUUCCUCCCUUACACAGGGAGAGGUAUUUUUAUCUGUAAAAGUGGCAGUCAGGAAGAAAAAAGUAAGAUGAGAACUUUGCUGGAACACUUUUUUAAAAACCUUCAUUAUACAAAGAGAAAAUUAGCAUCACGACAUGUCAUUUGGAUUCCAAUCAGCAUUAAGUAAUUCAGGCUCUUUUCUCUUGUGAUUUAUGUCAUGACCUGAACCUGAUGGGGUAUUUGUUUGUGUAUGUUUCUGCUACCCAUUAUUCAGAAAUGUAAAUUGGCUUUUUUUGAGUUUUGAGAAAGUAAUGGUAGCAUAUUCUGUAAGUACUUGUUGUGUCUGCACAUUUUAUCCAGCUGAGCUGCAACUGAGGUUAUAUAGGGGAAAGGACCAUCCUUUUCUAAAGCCUUAUCCUGGGAUUGGGAUGCACAUUUGACAACUGUGGUAUCUGCCUCCUGAAGUUUGAUGUUUAAUGUAGAUUCCUGUACUGGUCAAUUUCUUCUGACUGUCCAGCGAAGACCAGUGAAGCAUUCUGAGGCAGUAGUUAACAGCCUGCCAACUGAGGUCAUCCCAGAUGCAUCAUUCUGUUUUUGAGACAACUGUAAGAAACCUGAGGAGCAGAAACACAAUUUAUUGCAGUACCGGGGUUGUCACGUUUGGAUAAAUGGUGACCUGAUCCUUGCUUCUGAGCGCAGGAGAGUGUGGAUCAAUCUUUUGUGAAGUUGAAGAAAGAAAGUAAUUUACAAACUGCCUGAAAGACUAACUGCGAUUGUGAUGUGCAAGCCACAGGUAUGCAAUGUUUUGUGACUACCCCACAUUCGCAAAUGUGACCAGUGUUUGAAAGGUCACGGUGAUGAAUGAUCGAGAGAGGAUGGGAGUGAGCAGACAAGGGGAGAGUUUAAAAUGUGCAAGAACCUUCUCAUUUUAGAAAAGAUUAUAUAUUUAAAAAAAACUUUUGUGUGAAAGAAGGUCGGAAGAGCGGGUGAGGGUGUCUCUCCACAAUUAAUCCAAAUUAAACAGGACUUUGGCAUCAGCCCUGAAAGGCUGGGUGUCAGAUUCCAGAUGAUCUUUUAAGAAGUGCAAUAAAUGUUUCAGGGCAGUGCAUCAAGACUUAACUGCAUGCAAAAAUUACAGCAGGAUAUGUAUAAAUUGAUUCUGUAACUUCCAAAUGCUGAAGAUUUGAUUUCUAGUCGAACACUAUGUUUAGAAAUGAGUGUGAAAUGGUGUUGCUGGGCUUCUUCAUUUUUAUUGUUUCCUGAUGUUUCCUCUUGUGGGGAGAUUGUUGUAAUAAUUGUUUUUUGUUCGCAGUCUUUGUUUGUAGUGGCAACUCUUGUACACUUUGGCUGUCUUGGAGGAGUUGGUGGGGGUUAUAGGGUUGGUUUGUGUAAUUGUCAUUGUCAUGUUCAUGUCCUGGCAACACAUCACUGAACAGUUGGACCCUGGACAUUGAUUCCUUUUCAUUUCAGUGGGUUUCUGUUUUUGUUUUAAGGGAAAUAUCAAAGGAAUUGACUGCAGUGCUGGAUUCUUGCUUGCUCUCGUUUGCGUUCUCUCUAUCUGUCGCACUCACGCUCUCUCCCUCGCUGUCUCUCAUUCACUGUCCCUUGCGUGUGUUCUCUCUCUCUCUCUCUCUCUCUCUCUCUCUCUCUCUCUCUCUCUCUCUCUCUCUCUCUCUCUCUCUCUCUCUCUCUCUCGCACGCGCUCACACACGCACACACACUUGCUCUGUCUUGCACUUUCUCCCUCACACACACACUUGCUGUCUCUGUUGUUCUCCCCCUCUCUCUCCAUUGUUCUCUGUUGCAUGUGGCACACACACAUAUACACAGUUCACAUCGGCGGGAACAUAUCCAUGUAGAAACCGAGCUAAUUGCUACUGUAGUCACUUCUCAAAGCUGUCCCCCUCGGGGACCCACGACUGAAAUAGAAUGAUUAUGCAAAAUCAGAGGUUGUUGCUGUGACUGAUGAGAAUGAGUCAGUGAUCAUGGUAGUAAACACCACCGCCUUUAUGGAAACAUGCCCCUGUUCGCAGGAACAGAAAUGCGAAUCUGGUCUCUGAAAUUUGUCAACCCAAUUAGAAAUUGUGCAGCAGACCCAAACCCUGACAUCCUGUGUAAUUGGAGUACUCUUUAACAGACUCCUUAUGACAAGUUCCCUGUUUAUUUGAACUUGUUUAUACUUUGUCAAUGCAACUCGUAAUCUGUUGUAUAUUCCAGGAGAUUAAUGUCCUUCAAGAUCGGAUCUGUGAAUGACACUAAUGUAGAUUUUUUGGACAUGACGUCUUUUGGGAAAAACUGUACCCUUGCCCUUUAAGUGAACAAAGCAGCCAUUAGUUAUACGUGAGGCAGUUUAUCGUUUGGAAGAGAUUCUAAUUUAUUCUGCAAUUCAGCUGUUAGGAUUGGGUCAAAUGUUUAAAUCUACACAUAAAAAGCUUGUUUCAAGGUCCUAGACAGGUCGGGAAACUGCAUCAUUCACAGCUGAGCUGUAAUUGGUUUCAGUGUCUCAGGGCUAGGGCACAGAAAUGUCAGACAUGGUACCUGAUUCGGUCUCAGUAGCCAGUGUCUGGAAGCAUACACUGGGUGAAAACAGGAAUGAGUAUUGCCCUCAGAGUACUGUAAUGCUCAGCUAGAAAUAAUGUAAGGUGACAUUGGUCAUGCAUAUGAGUAAGGGUCAGCAGCAUUGGCCAACAGUGUGAGGAAAGGAGAAACAGUCUGUUGUUUACCAGCCGUUAAUGAUUCAUUUAUCUUGAAUGUUUGGGCUGAGUGACACCAGAUGCUUGUUCCUGGAGGUGAGAAAGAGAGACUUGCUAAGCUGUAAGCAUAGUGAAUCUAUCCAGUCAGCACCACUGAAAUGAAUAGGAGGGGGUGUGAUGGUGACAUGGGACACUAAUAUAUUGAAAUUUCACACAGUGGCUGUAUGAUCAGAAAUGGAGAUAAUGUGAAAUGCCUGGAUGGGAGUCAUGGAGAAGAACAAAGAUUUUCUGUGAGAAUAAUGACUGUUGCUGGGGCUGGUAAGGGAGUGUUUGGGUGGAGGGAGUGAUUUCUGAGAAUACUGCUUUUAAAAUGACUGUUAUACCAUGUGAGAAUUUUUGAGCAGUCAGGUUGGCCCUCCCACGGGGGAGCGCAUCAGAUGUGAAGCUGUGCCCAGCAGGUUCUGAGCAGAGUUGUGUGUUCCCUGUCCCUUUCCUCCCAAGCAACCUGGUCCAGUACUUACUGUGGGCAAAAGGCAACACCGGCUCCAUCCUCAUGUUCCUGGCCCUGCAUAAGAUUUGGGACUCUGUUCUCUUCUAAUUCACCCAUAAGUAAUUGGCUUGUGCUUCCAAUUUAAGUGGCCUUUUGCUCUGCCAGUGAUUUUCUUGCAGGACCUAUUUCUGGCCAAAUGAAUGGGGGUAGAGGUUUCUCAAAACACAGUGAAAAGAUGCAGCAAUGUGGUGUGACCUGCGAACAGCCAUCUCCCUGUCUCCAGAAGGGCACAGAUUUUUUUAAAAAGGCAGAAUGCAUCAAUUCUGUGCAAGCUGAAAUAAUUUUGACAAUAGGAAAAAGGGAUUGAGAACUCAUUUGAAUUCCAAUUUAUUCUGAUCCAGUAAUUCCCUAUUUUUGUGCACGCGCACGCACGCACCCCACCAACUCCAGAACCAGAGGCACAGGUUAUGAGAGCGACUGAUGUUAAGGUUAAACCUGCUUAGGAAGCCAGGUUAAAAUGAUUUCCAGCUGCUUUUUGCUUGCUGUUGUGUAUUCCUCUCGCCCUCUGCUCCAUCACCCUGCCCCUUUGUCAGGUUAAAUAAACCCAAGCAUCUCUCUGUAGGAUGGCCAAAAUUUCAUAGAUUUUGCCACUUGUCACACCUGCAGAACCUGACAUUGGACAACUUCGCCAGCACUGCUACAGUUUUGUUUGUAGAUAUUAAACUCCUAUGUAAUACACUGCAGGAUAGUCAAAUAUUUUACAUGAAACUAUUUGGUAAUGUAAUUUAAAACUUUACUUUUGUCCUUGCAAUUCCAACAGCAGAUUAUGCACUAUAGACAGAUAACACUUUAAUAUCAACACAGUGCACCACUCAUUGGUGGUGGUGUUCUUGGUCUUUUGCUGCAUGAAAGAGGAGACAUUCAUAUUCAUUAUUACACAUUCGUUUUGUUUGCUAAAUUUACAAGAGUAAGGAAGAGGUGAAUUGGAAGUUCAGCUCACCAAAGUAUCAGCUGUUUUUAAAGUGCUGUGUUCAAAAUUGACUCAUGGCAGUCUCAUACUAUUAGAGUAAAAGGACACAAUUCAAGCAGUCUGUGGAGACAAUGUAGAUCAUAAAAUAAAAGCAAGAUAUUGCAGAUGCUUAGUAAUUCAAAAUAUAACAAAGUGCUGGGGAAACUCAGGCAACAUUUAUGGAUAGAGACCCUAAGUUUUAACUUGAAUAUGACUCUUUUUAGAAGAGAAUUGCUGAGAGCAGUUUAGGGAAAUUGUUUAUGGGAGCCCGAUAAGAUGAAAUAUAGCUGCAAAAUGACCACACUCGUUUUUAAGAAAUUAAAAUAGCCAUCACUUUGGUCUGUCUCCUCUUUUCCCAUCCCUGUGUGCCUGCAUACUGUCUCCCCUUUCUCUUGCCUCUCUGCUUCUCCUUAACCCUUCUGUCUCUCCUGCUCUCUCUCUUUCCCCUCCCUCCCUCUCUUUUUUGCUCCUUCCCCUGUCUGUCAAUCACUCUUGCUCCUCCACAAUGCACCCCUCCCCCAUUUAUUUGUCUGUCCGACCCUCUCUAUAGCUCCCUCUCUACUUUUCUUUCAUAGCACCCUUUUAUUCACUUGUUUUGCUAAAACUCCCAGACUUCUACAACUUAAUUUCAACGUAAGUUGCACGACCGUUUCUCUAACUGGUAAGACCAAAGCAGCAGACCGGUUUGCUCUCGUUAUUGUUGACUUUCUUGGCCAGCAAGACUGACAGAAAUUCAAUCUACCCCUUCCUCCGUUUUUCUGUUGACUAUCUAACUGCUUAAUGCUGCAAAGCUGAUCUCUGUAGUGAGUUUGCUGUUAUGCAGGGAAGACUCCCUUUCAUUUUACCUAGUUCCUGGAGCCUGGUACGUUGCCCAAAAUGUCCAAUUUCUUUUGUUGCUGAUAAUCUAAGUUUUUUUUUGAAAAGAGGAUGAGAUGGUGCCCCCAGAGUCGGUGUUGCUUUUGUACCCAUGGAUGAUGGAGCAUGCAUCUCUGCCCACAAUCAAUGUAUGUUGAUGCCUCCUCAAGUACCUGCACUUGUACAAAAUACUUGAUUAAUCUGUUGAUUCUGGGUAAGUGGGCAUAUUUCCACUGAGCCUCCCAAGGCUCUGAUGUGAGCCUAGUGCAAUUAUGUGAGUUUUACAGCAUCUUUGGGUUUAUUCAGAAUCUUGGUUAAUAAUUAAAAAUUUAAAAAUUUCUUAAAUUA